AUGGAAUAUCUCCCGUCUCCGCUUUCUGGUGACGCGUAUAGUCCUCGUUAUCAUAAGACUUUCAACACCUCCAUUCCCGAGGUUAUCAGGCAACAGAUUCGGACCAAGUGCUCAAAACGUUCAUCUGCCAGGUCAUACCCAGAUCGCAAGUUUCGAUCCUUGGGCAAACUCCUUCUCGCAAGACAUCCUCAUUUCAAGUACAAACUCUUGAAACCUGGGAAUUGCGCUGGUCUUGGACCUUCCUCGACUACCGUAACUCUCGCUCCUAGGGUCGCAGGAUAUCACCCUGUUACUAUGUUCUCUCCUCAAACCCGACUCGUCAUCGAACGCGCGAAAUAUGUUGCACCCGGCUUGAGUUCUCUACUGAUCCCACUAGAAGAUCUUUCUCCAGAAAAAAUAACUCAAAUUGAAGAACUCAAUCCUCGUAUCAAAAGGAAAAUCGGAAAGGAAUUUCAAGAGAUUCUCGGGAUCGAAAUGACACCAUUGUCGAACAAGACUAUAUUUCGAUUAUUAAUUCAAUUCUUCAGAUUUUGGGUUCAAGAUCAUCGCUGUAGUACUCAAUCGAGGGACUUCAUCCGAGAAUAUCUGCAUGAUUCAGAUGUCCUCUCAUUAAUGGAGGAAUUCGAUCUUUAG